AUGCAUAUCCUACAGACCACCAGAGUGUCUGUUGUCCUAGAAACCAACUUGAAACCGAGUUUUGUCCAAGCCCUUCUACUAAGCAAGCCCAUUUUUAUAUUGGGAGAUCUGAAUUGUAACGUUAUGAAGGAUUGUCCAGAGAACACAGCACUAAGAACUUUUAACCAAUUAACCAUAACACCAACUAGAAUAACAGACACUAGUGAAUCGUUAAUUGAUGUGAUAAUAACUUCAGCUUCCCAUCUUGUCAACGAAAGCGGUGUCAUGGAUACUAUUAUAAGUGAUCAUUUACUGGUGUACGCAGUUCUUAAUAUGAAGCUACCCAUAGCCACCACCUCAAUUUAUCCUAACGCGAAGCUACAAGGACUAUGA